AUGCAUGCUGGUGAGCAGUUCUUCAUGUGCAUUGACGCGAAUGCGGGGCCAGGUGUGCCGGAUGGCAUGUGUGUUUUCAACCCUGGUUUUCGUCACUCGAGUGGGACACCUCUUUUGCGAGAAUUUCUGGAGGAGUUUGACCUCUGCCUUCCAAUUACAAGCGAGGCCCACAUUGGCACAGUCACCACAUGGACGUCGCCUGAUGAUGGAGAGUACACGAUUGACUUUGUAGCCAUACCGAGAACUUGGCAGGCGGCGUGCCAUUAUUCUUGCGUUUUACAAGAGUUUGACCUUGCCAAUGUGAACAUUGACCAUUCAGCAGCAGCGAUUGAGUUGCAAUGGGCCCAGACCUCUGCCACUCUACCGAAAUCACACACUGCACCUGAGGUCUUUGACCGCACUAAAAUUGGCAAAGAUAUUGAUACUCUUUUGCAGCAACCCAUUCAAUGCACAUGGCAGGAAGAUGUCGAAACUCAGGCGAACAAGAUCGCUUCGCAUUUUCGAACGCAGCUUGCAUCCAGCUAUCCUCAGAACAAGCACAAACCGAAGAAGCCCUAUGUCUCAGAUUCACUGUGGAACCUUCGCUUGAGGAAGAUCGCAACUAGACGGGAUCUUCGACAGUGCAGAAGACUCCUCCGUAGAGAAACAGUUGCACGUAUCUUCUCAGCAUGGCGCAAUGGCCCUGAUCAGAAAGGCGCUGCGGACCUCUCAUUCAACUACGGCACAUCGCUGCGUAUCAUUGGUCUUCGCAAGUAUGUUGAAUUUGCAACGAUUGCGAAACAGUUGCGUCAGGAUCUGAAGCAAAGCAAGCAACAGAAUCUCCAGGAAGUCUUGCAACAGGUUGACCCUGCCACCCCUGCAUCCAGGAUUCAACAGCUGCUCAAACCUUUUAAAGGACCAAGCAAUAAGCUGCGUCAGGGAUUGGCACCGCUGCCCUUGAUCAAAGAUGAGAAAGGAGAAUUUUGCAGGACAGCUGAGGAUGCGCUCCAACGCUGGAUCACCUUCUUUGGGGAAAUGGAAGGCGGUGCCAAAACCACGCAACAGGAACAGUGGACACGCUGGAGAUCAAACUUGCAAUCAUUCCUGCAGCAUGAGCUAGCGAUUCCAGUUGAGGAAAUUCCCACGCUGUGUGAUCUUGAGCAUGCAUGCCGACGCUCCGCGGCAGGGAAGGCAACUGGACUUGAUGCCAUCCCUUCAGAGAUUUGUAAAUUCUGCCCCCGCGCGGUUGCGCUCCAAUUGUACAGUCUCAUGCUUAAGACGUGUACGCAUGGACAUGAAGCACUGGCACAUAAGGGAGGGAUUUUAUUGCCAAUCUGGAAGGGGAAACAGCUCAAGGACCAGUGUUCAGCCUUUCGUUCCAUUCUGCUCUCAUCCUGUUUGGGGAAAGUCAUGCACAAGGCUGUCCGCACGAAACAGCUGGACCUCUACCAGCAAUUCUUACAUCAUCAACAGCUGGGAGGACGACGAGGGACACCUGUGACGCUUGGCUGUCACCAGGUCAGAGCAUUCCAGCGCCUGUGUGUAUCCAAGGGACAGCCUUCCGCCCUGUUGUUUAUUGAUUUACAGGAAGCCUUUUAUCGGGUGCUGCGUCCGCUAGUUGUCGAUGGACCAGUCGAUGACGAGUCUGUGGCGGCCAUGGCAGCACGCAUUGACCUUGAUGAUGGUUUCUUGCAUGAUCUCCAUGCGGCGCUGCAACAGCCAUGUGCUUUGGAGGAAGCGGGAAUUCCCAGCCACUUGAGACGGGCCAUCCGUGCCUUGCAUACUGACACUUUUUUCAAGUUGCCAAUGCAAACUGAUCAGGUCGUCACUCAGAUUGGCACCAGGCCGGGUGACUCUUUUGCAGACGUCAUCUUUGGUUUCUUGAUGGCAAAGGUCCUCCGAAAGUUCCAACAGGCUAUGGAUGCAGAAGGUUUGCUCAUGCAAUUACCGGAAGCCGACUCGCUCAGCUUUGAAGGCAUUGCUUCCGAGGCGAAGGUUUCCUUUGUGGGGCCAUGCUGGAUGGAUGACCUUUGCGUAUGCCUCACUGCUGCAAUGAAUGAGCAGCUCCACUCAGCCGUAGGAUUUGCAACAGGAGUGAUCUUGGACAUUUUCAAAGGUUAUGCGAUGACACCCAAUCUUCAGCCAGGGAAGACCGCGAUUUUGUUUUCACCACGUGGUCCUGGCACCACCCGAAUGAAACGCAAAAUGUUUGGACCUACGGCAGAUGGUCAUUUCCUCAGCCUUGGAGAACAUCACCCAUAUCGAGUCCCACUUGUGACUGAAUAUACCCAUCUGGGAGGAAAGGUACAUUUCUCUACCAAGCUUCGGAAGGAGAUCAAGACCAGAUUGGGUCAAGCACAUCAAGAGUUCAACCGCCAUCGGAAGCUCCUUUAUCAAAACCGACACUUCCAGAUGGACAAGAAGAGGGAGCUCUUUCACAGCUUGAUUUUGAGUCGCCUUCUCUUUGGCGCAGAGACGUGGACGUUUCCAGAUCAGAAAACGAAGGACUGCCUUCAUGGAGGAAUUAUGAAACUCCUGAAAAGACUUCUGUGUUGUCCUGGCCACAGUCCCAUCUCUGAUGAAGAAGUUCUUUACAGAACGGGAAUGCCAUCACCCACAACCAUGUUGAGAUUGCGGCGACUCCGGUAUCUGGGCUCGCUUUUCGAAGUAGGUGACACGGCAUGUUGGGGGUUGCUCAAUCAGGACUAUGAAUGGUUGUCUCUUGUCAAAGAUGACUUUAGAUGGCUUUGGCACCAACUACACCAUUGCUGCAACCUUGGGGAUCCCGCAGCCCAUAUGCCGCGAUGGUUUGAAGUGAUCCAGUUCCAUCGAGGGUAUUGGAAAAGACUUCUCAGGAGAGCAGCCGAACACUCGAUUGGAGUGCAGACAAGGGAAUUCUUUGUCGCAACGGCGCACCUGAGGUUCCUGGAGCAUCUUUGUCAAGGAGGUUUUAUACAUCCGGACAAGCAGGAGAGCUUUGAAGACAGAAUGCAUCCCCAAGCCUACGGCUGCAUGAGAUGUCAAAAAGCAUUCCGUUCAUUGGGCGGAGAAGGCGCCCACAUGCAUCGCACACACGGAGAAGUCCAUCCUGUGCGACAUCUUAUGGGAAGUACACAAUGUGCAGCCUGUUUGACGGAAUAUUUCACCAUGGGCAAGCUCAAAAUGCAUUUGAUCCGCUCUACAGCCUGCCGCAUCACCUUGAUUGGGAGAGGUAAUCAUGAACCGGCACAACCAGGACUUGGCUCUACGGAGGACACAGAACGAUGGUCACGUUGGGAUAACCGGUUACCACCGUUGGCAGCCGCUGGACCUCGACUACCAGAUGUCCCCGGAAGUGACUUUGACACCGAGCACCGCGAGCUCUAUGAGGAGAUUGUCCUGGGCAUUCUGGACAUUGACACGGAUGAUUUCGAAGCCUUUGCACGGAGUUGCAUCCAGAAAUAUCCUAUUUCAUGGACUCGAUGCCGUUUGACCUUGCUUGAGGUACAUCAGCAAUGUGCGACUGGCUUUUUGGACGUGUCAACCACACACAUGGAUUCAUGCAUGGCCGCCCUACACAGACUCUCACAUGAAGCUGCCUGGCCCUUCCUUGCUCAAUUGCAUUGUGCUUCCUCGCCGUCAGUGCCUUUGCAAGAAGAGUUGGACAGACGCAUUCAGGUGGCACAGAUUGUACAAGCACGACCUAAGAUUCCCCGUCAACUAGGACGCGAACGAGUCUUCUUACACGCCUUCUCGGGUCGUCGCAGAGCGGGCGACCUACAGCACUAUCUCGAAGCUGCCUUUGCACGCAACGCAGAUGGUGUUUUGCUCCAUGUCGUCUCUAUGGACGUCGUGAUCGACAAGGAGUGGGGCGACGCUUGUCGCUCUGCGACACGAGAUUUUUGGCUUCAAGGAGCGUUAUCGGGGUUUGUACAGGGCGGUUUGUGCGGCCCACCCUGUGAAACUUGGAGUCAAGCUCGUUUUGUCAACGAGAACGCUGGUGAAGAGCGUCAACCUCGACCUCUCAGGUCCUUGGAGUGGCUUUGGGGACUGCCAUCCCUGUCACUCCGUGAGCAGGGACAGGUAGCUGUGGGCAACGAGCUGCUGGUCUUCUCCAUUGACCUUCUGAUUUGCCUGGCGAGGUCUGAGGGAAUAGGAGUGCUUGAACAUCCAGGGGAGCCGGCUGACGAAACCAAGCCCUCCAUCUGGCGUCUUCCGAUCAUCCAAAUUUUGAGGCAGCUACCGGGGUUCGAGUUCGUAGACUUUGCACAGGGGCUUUUAGGCGCGAAGUCGCCAAAACCCACUAGGUUUCUAACUCCGAACAUGGAUAGCCUGCCGACAUUUUUGCACAAGCAUCGUCUUUGCCCUGAUCUUCCGCGUACAGCGGCGAUUGGUAAGACUGCGGAAGGCCAAUGGGCCACCACGAGUCUUAAGGAGUACCCACCGGCCUUGAAUCGAGUCUCCAAAUGGCGGGACGAGAUUCGAGACUGGCGCAAGCUGAACUGUUUUGCCACAGCUGAAGAGUGGCAGGUCUGGCGCCCUGGCGCCGGGCCGGUUGAACUGCAGGAGUCUGCACCGGCGCCUAAAACGCCGCGACUUUACUCCACGCAUCUGAGGAUUUCGGCUCUGGGUGGCCGUCGAGGGCUUAGGAUGUCAGGGACAACCACUGGUGGGGAUGGAGAUCAACCAACAGUGCCUGGAACUCCGAAUGCGUCGUUGUCGCAUUUGCCAUGGACCAUGAUACCAAGUUUCCGCCCUGGGGACACAGACAUCAAUGAGUAUACCAAGAAGUUGGAAUUUCUGGCAAGUCUGUGGCCGCCCGAGCACUUGUCGCAUCUAGCUCCGAGAGCGGCCAUGAUGUGUGAAGGCAGUUCCUUCAAGCGUGUGAUGAGGCUGGACCCAGCCAAACUCAAGGUGAAUACCACCGACGGCGUGAAGCUGUUAGUGACCACGUUAGGAGGAAUCUGGGGCAAAAGCAAUUUAGAAGAGAAAUUCGAACGUUUUGAACGAGCCAUUUACACAACAGUGCAAAGGGCCGAUGAAUCGCAUGACAGCUACAUGGCACGUCACGAUUUCCAAUUCGAAGAGUUGCUUCAAAUGGGGGUUUCUUUUGCAGACAUCAGGGCCUAUAUUCUUUUGCGGAAUUCUGGUUUGGGAUCUGAAGAUAAGAAGAAGCUCAUAGUGGACUCCCAUGGCAACCUGGAAUAUCAAGCCAUUGUCUCAGCACUGAAAUUGCUCGGUUCCAAGUUUUUUCAUGAAGUGCAAGCGGGAAGCAAAUUUCCCAACCGCGUCAAGACGUAUGACGUCAAUGCCGUGUUUGAUGAAGACUCGGGAUCAGGCUUUCCAGAAGAUGACCAUGUUUUCAUGGGUGAAACCUGGGAUGAAUCGGAGAUUGCAUAUGAUGAUAAUGAUCCCGAUGCCAUCGUUUGCAUGCAAUUCGAAGAAAGCUUAGUGGAUGCAUUGCAGUCCGAUGCCGACCUUGCAGCCUGCUACAACACGUACCUCGAUGCCCGAAAGAGGAUCUUAGAGUCCGAAUGCAGGCGUUGUGGUGCCAAAGGGCACUGGAAAGCUGAGUGCCCGCUCAACCGAGCGAGCACUCCCAAUCCGAAUGCUGCAGCUGCCUCGAAUGCCGGUGCUUUCACUGGCGCCAUCGUCACCGGAGAUGCCCAUGGAGUUGAGGAUGACAUGAUCCUUGUGACUGAGGCCCCCCACAUGCAUGCUCAGGUAUCCAAGGGUUUGCACAGUUUUGUUCAUAUGGUCCAAGUGUCGGAGUCCAGUGUUCCUUCCCCGACCGCAUUGGCCAGGCUUGUGAAUUCCCUGAAGAGUCGCCUAAGCCCUCCUCGGCCUGAUUUGAAGGUGCCGACAACAGCCAUGAUCCAACCGGAUCUCACCAUGGAUGUGCACUUUGUAAGUCACGGACCCUUUGGAAUUGUAGACUUAGGUGCCAGUCAAACCGUCAUUGGACAACAACAGGUGUCUGAUCUCAUGCAAAGCUUGCCAAAAGAUGUUGCCGAUCAAACGCAGAGGGUCCCCUGUGACACAGUCUUCCGAUUUGGAAAUAGCAGCACGGUAGUUUGCCAAUAUGCUCUCCUGGUCCCCUUGGCCAAAUGGAGAGUCAAGAUCUGUGUUGUUAAGAGCCAAACACCAUUUCUCAUAUCCAAUAAUGUCUUCCGGACGUUGGGGGCCAGGAUCGACACCGAUCAAGAUGCUGUGUUUUUCUCCAAGAUUCAGAUUCACAUGCCUUUGAAGUUGUCAGAAAAGAAGCUGUACUUGCUGGACUUUUGUGAAUUGAUUCGCCGUAGUGCACAGGCAGGUGGUCAGGUGUCCGAG